GGUUUUCAAUUUCGCUGCCCUUUUUACAGAUCUCGUGAUCCGUCACGUAUAUGUAUUAUGGUUGUAGGUUUGGUACUUUCUGGGGACCUACCCUUUAUUAAUUGCAAUUGAAUUUUUCGGUGUGUCUGUCUUUUCAUCUGUUCGUGUGUAUCUUUCGGGCGCAUCUGGGGCUUUAAAUUCAAAUUGUUUUGGUAACACUUUUGCAUAUUUCUAUUGGCUUAAUUCUGUUCAGUUUCUGAGAGGUCUCUACUUCUCUGUUAGGGCUUGCAUGGUCGUCUUUAUGAAUUUUAUUUUCUUUUCUUCCUUAUUUUUUUAUGGUUUUGUUGAUGCUGUGUUGUGUUGAUAUAGACAAUGUGCAGAUUGUGCAAAUUUGUAUUGACUGCGGCUGAUUAAGCUAAAUUGCAUCAAAAUUUGUAUGUGAGGAGGGCUCUUAAUUGAUCAUUGACUCCUACUCCUUAAAUUUGACACAAAUCUAUAUCUUUGAAGUGAGGUAAGAUUUUUCCGAAUGCUGAAUUUCAACAGGAUGAGAAGUCAGUCAAGAACAGCAAGAUCCAUGUCUUUAGGAGGUAUGGAUUAUGCAGACCCAAAGAAGAAGAGCAACCUUUUUGGAAAAAUUCUUUUAGCUGCUACUCUUACAGCAUUAUGCAUUCUCUUGCUCAAACAAUCCUCAAGCUUUACAGGCCCAAGCCCAUUCUCUCUUCAUGAAUCUGGAGUUACUCAUGUCUUAGUAACGGGAGGUGCUGGAUAUAUUGGUUCACAUGCUACUUUACGACUUCUGAAGGACUCAUAUCGUGUAACUAUAGUGGAUAACCUCUCUCGAGGAAACCUGGGUGCGGUCAAAGUUCUGCAGGAAGCAUUUCCAGAACCUGGAAGGCUUCAGUUUAUUUAUGCUGACUUGGGGGAUGCUAAAGCUGUGAAUAAAAUAUUCUCAGAAAAUGCUUUCGAUGCUGUUAUUCAUUUUGCUGCUGUUGCAUAUGUUGGAGAAAGCACCAUUGAUCCACUGAAGUAUUAUCACAACAUCACUGCAAAUACUUUGGUAGUGUUAGAGGCAAUGGCAGCACAUGGUGUCGGUACAUUGAUCUAUUCUAGUACUUGUGCAACUUAUGGAGAGCCUGAAAAGAUGCCAAUAACAGAAGAAACACCACAGUUGCCUAUUAAUCCAUAUGGAAAGGCCAAGAAGAUGGCAGAAGAUAUAAUUCUUGACUUCCAUAGGAACUCAGUCAUGGCUGUCAUGAUCUUAAGAUACUUCAAUGUGAUUGGCUCGGAUCCAGAGGGCAGAUUAGGAGAAGCUCCCAGACCAGAAUUGCGGGAGCAUGGACGGAUAUCGGGUGCUUGCUUUGAUGCUGCUCGGGGAAUUAUUCCUGGGCUGAAGGUUAGAGGAAUUGACUAUAAAACUCCAGAUGGCACUUGCAUACGGGAUUACAUUGAUGUUACCGAUCUGGUCGAUGCUCAUGUGAAGGCUCUUCAGAAGGCAAAGCCUGGGAAAGUUGGAAUCUACAAUGUUGGAACUGGAAGAGGUAGAUCAGUUAAGGAGUUUGUGGAGGCGUGUAAGAAGGCAACAGGGAUCGACAUCCAUGUUGAUUUCCUGUCCCGUAGGCCCGGUGACUAUGCUGAAGUGUACAGUGACCCGACAAAGAUCAGGCUCGAGCUGAACUGGACUGCACAACACACCGAUCUCCAAGAGAGUUUGAAGAUUGCGUGGAGAUGGCAGAAGUCGCAUAAGAAUGGUUAUGGAAUGCCCCCUCUAGCGAUGGCGGCUUCUUAGGCGAUUUUGCAGCAGCAGCACCUGCUAGUUCGUAGUAGAAGUUUAAGACUGAUUCGAAUCGCAGCACAGCAGACACAAGCAUAUAUCUGUUUCUUCUGUUACUACCAGUACCAGAGGUGGGUAGGGGGUUUAAGAUGAAGAUGAAGUAUAUUCUUUUCCAUUGCUAUUGAAUUAGAAAGGGUCGGUUAGAGUUGUAGGAAGCAGCAGCAUAGUAUGUGUAUUAUUUGAAACAAUUAUUAUGAUUUAUGAGUUGAGCAAUCAAUAAUAGAAACCGGUCAGGUAUAGCCAUUUUCACUGCUCA